CGCGCCAUUUAUGAGUACGAUAACUCUGAUGUGAGCGGAACGAGUGCACGUUUACUCUCAUUUUACUUCAAAAAACACCCAGUAUAUGUGGAUUAAUUACCGUGGAGCUAAAUAUCAGAAGAAUUACGAAGAGGUGUAAGUGAAAUCGGCAGAAAACGAGGUGCUUUGAAUUAUGCCUGUAAAAACAACCAAGAGCUCGACGGCUGCUAAGAGAGCGACUGAGCUGCGAGAUGAUUCCGACGAUGAGCGCAUCACACCCGGCAAAGCCGCAAGCGACACACCGGCGCCGCAGCACGAUGUGGCCACGAGCGAGUCUGCUGAAGUCCUAGAUAACCGCAGUCUGGAGGAGAUUUUGGGUAGCAUCCCUCCUCCGCCUCCACCCACCAUGAGCUCUGAGCCCGGCGCCCCCCGCCUCAUGAUCACUCACAUCGUCAACAGAAACUUCAAAUCGUACGCAGGCGAGCAGAUCCUCGGUCCAUUCCAUAAGCGCUUCUCCUGCAUCAUUGGGCCAAAUGGCAGCGGGAAGUCUAACGUGAUUGACUCCAUGCUGUUUGUGUUUGGAUACAGAGCUCAGAAGAUCCGCUCGAAGAAGCUGUCAGUUCUGAUCCACAGUUCUGAUGGCCAUCAGGAUAUCCAGAGCUGCACUGUAGAGGUGCACUUUCAGAAGAUCAUUGACAAGGAAGGUGACGACUAUGACGUCAUUCCCGACAGUUCCUUUUAUGUCUCAAGAACUGCUGGAAAAGAUAAUUCUUCUGCAUACCACAUAAAUGGCAGGAAAUCAACCUUUAAAGAUGUGGGCACGUUACUACGCAGUCAUGGCAUCGAUCUGGACCACAAUCGCUUCCUGAUUCUUCAGGGUGAGGUGGAGCAAAUUGCCAUGAUGAAGCCCAAAGGUCAGACAGAACAUGAUGAAGGUAUGCUGGAGUAUCUGGAGGACAUCAUCGGAUCAUGUCGUCUCAAAGAGCCCAUCAAUGUGCUGUGCAGACGGGUGGAGCUACUCAAUGAGCAGCGAGGAGAGAAGUUAAAUCGCGUGAAGCUGGUGGAGAAAGAGAAGAGCGCUCUGGAGGGUGAGAAGAACAAAGCCGUGGAGUUUCUCACUUUAGAGAAUGACAUCUUUAAGAAAAGGAGCCUCCUCUGUCAGUUCUAUGUGCAUGAUCUAAAGCAGCGCGUGUCAGCAAAAGAAGCCGAGAAACAGCAGAUUCAGGAGGACACCAAAGAGCUGAGUGAGAAAAGCAGUCAGCUGACAGAGAACAUGAAGGAGAAGAGCGAGGAGCUGAAGACUGUGGAGAAAAAACUGACCAAGCUGACCAAGUUCAUAGAGAGCCAGAAGGAGAAGUUCACACAGCUGGACCUGCAGGAUGUGGAGGUGCGCGAGAAACUUAAACAUACCAAGAGCAAAACCAAGAAACAACAGAAACAGCUACAGAAAGACAAGGAGAAGCUGGAGGAGGUAAGAAGCGUUCCUGCCAGCAGUGAGAAGAUUAUCACGGAGGCGUCUGCUAAGAAAGAGACGCUGGAGAAGAAGAAGCUGGAUGAGGAGGAGAAGUUAGCUCAGGUUAUGGAGAGUCUGAAGGAGGAAACCAGCGGCCUGCAGGAGGAUAAGGAGAAAAAGGAGCAGGAUCUGUUGGAGUUGAGUAAGGCUGUGAAUGAGACUCGCUCACGGAUGGAUGUGGCUCAGUCUGAGCUGGACAUUUAUCUGAGUCAGCACAACACCGCUGUGAAUCAACUCAAGCAGGCUAAAGAUGCCCUACAGGAGGCUGUGGACACGCUGCGAGACAGGAGAGCUGCUAUCAAAGAUCUCAACGUCAAAAUACCCCAGUGUGAGAAGCAGCUCCAGAAGGAUGAGCAGGAGCUGCAGCAGAUCUCUGAACAGGACAGACAGAAGCGGGUGUUAGUUGGAGAUAUGAGACAGAAGGUGGCUGAAGCCAAGAGCUCUCUGUCUACUAACCGCAGCCGAAGCAAAGUGCUGGAUGCCCUCAUGCAGCAGAAACGCUCAGGAAAGAUCUCGGGCAUCCUGGGCCGGCUGGGUGAUCUAGGUGCUAUUGAUGAGAAAUAUGACGUUGCCAUCUCCUCCAGCUGUGGCUCUCUUGAUAAUAUAUUAGUGGACACCAUCGACACGGCACAGAAAUGUGUCACCUUCCUGAAGACCCAGAACAUUGGUGUGGCCACGUUCAUUGCUCUAGACAAGAUGAAAGUGUGGGAGCAGAACAUGGGCUCCAUCUCCACUCCAGAGGACACCCCUCGUCUGUUUGACAUGGUCCGAGUGAAGGAUGAGGCCGUCCGUCCGGCCUUCUACUUCGCCCUGAGAGACACGCUGGUGGCCAAAGACCUGGAGCAGGCAACGCGUGUGGCGUUUCAGAAAAACAAGCGCUGGAGGGUGGUCACCAUGCAGGGCCAGAUCAUCGAACAGGCCGGUACCAUGACCGGAGGAGGAGGACGAGUGAUGAAGGGCCGGAUGGGCUCCUCGGUCUGUGCUGAUGUCAAUCAGGAACAGCUGGAUAAAAUGGAGAGUGAUUUGAAUAAAGAGAUGGCACAGCUACAGGACUGGCAGCAGAGAAAACUUCAGCUGGAGGAGAAGGUGCACAAAGCCAGAUGUGACCUCAGAGACAUGAAGAAUACACUGGAGAAAUAUACGGCCAGCAUCCAGAGUCUUGCAGAGCAGGAGCUUCACCUGAAGACUCAGAUUAAAGAUCUAGAAGCCAAUGUCAUAUCAGCCGCUCCUGAUAAAGCCAAGCAGAAGCAGAUGGAGAAAUCUCUGGAGGCCUUCAAGAAAGACUUUGAGGUGGCAUCCAGUAAAGCAGGUAAGGUGGAGGCUGAAGUAAAGCGACUGCAUGCGCUCAUCCUGGAUAUCAACAGUCACAAGCUGAAGGCCCAACAGGACAAACUGGAUCAGAUCAACACGCAGCUGGAUGAAUGUUCCUCAGCCAUCACCAAAGCCCAGGUGGCCAUCAAGACUGCUGGACGUAAUCUGAAGAAGUCUGAAGAUAGCGUCUCUCAGUUGGAGAAGGAGAUCACAGAUAAUGAGACAUUGAUGGAGGAGCUGACGGAGCAGCUGAAGAAACUGGAGGAGCAGGCCGGAGAGAUCAUGCAGACGUAUCAGCAGGCUGAGGAAGCUCUGCCUGAGGUUCAGGAGAAACAUCGUGAAGUCCUGCAGGACAUCAAGGCUCUUCAGGAACAGGAACAUGCCCUGCAGAAAGAGUCUCUCAAUGUACGGCUGAAGGUGGAGCAUAUUGACACGGCCAUCACCGAGUGUCAGAACAAGAUCAAACACUGGGACAAAGAGGCCAGCAAACUGUCAUUGCACUCCAUUGACGGUACACCAUCAGAAGAGCUGCCCACACUGAACCCAGAUCAGCUGGAGGAGAUCAGUAAUCCAGAUGUCAUUAAGAAUGAAAUCGCUCUGCUGGAGGACCGCUGUGCCAAUAUGAAGCCCAACCUCGGUGCCAUUGCAGAGUUUAAGAAGAAGGAGGAGUUGUACUUGCAGAGGGUGGCAGAGCUCGAUGACAUCACUGCACAAAGAGACAAUUUUAAGAGAGGUUGUGAGGAUCUGCGCAAACAGAGACUGAAUGAGUUCAUGGCCGGCUUCAACAUCAUCACUAAUAAACUGAAGGAGAAUUACCAGAUGCUCACACUGGGUGGAGAUGCUGAACUAGAGCUGGUAGACAGUCUGGAUCCUUUCUCUGAAGGCAUCAUGUUCAGUGUGCGUCCUCCAAAGAAGAGCUGGAAGAAGAUCUAUAAUCUGUCAGGAGGAGAGAAGACGCUAAGCUCUUUAGCUCUGGUGUUUGCCCUUCAUCACUUCAAGCCCACACCGCUUUACUUCAUGGACGAGAUUGACGCUGCACUUGACUUUAAGAAUGUCUCUAUCGUGGCUUGCUACAUAUACGAACAAACCAAGAAUGCUCAGUUUAUCAUAAUCUCACUGAGGAACAACAUGUUUGAGAUGGCUGAUCGUCUCAUUGGCAUCUAUAAGACACACAACACCACAAAGAAUGUUGCCAUCAACCCUAAAACCAUUGUGUUAAGAGAGGAGACGGCAACGGCUUGAGAUGUCCCUCUUGUCUUCAUCUUUAUGAAAAACUUUCAUCUUUUUAAUCUUUUUUAAUAAGAUGUUUUAUUCAUUAUAACAGAAAUAAAUACUUGCUCUGCACUCUCUCUUAUUAUUAUUAUUUUUAAUAAACUUGUUUGACUUUUUUUGUAUAGCACUUUUCACUGUCGCAAAGCAGCUUUACCGAAGGAAUUAUGUAAAUACAUAUAAAACACAAUUCAGAAGAUUCAAGGACUGUUUAUAGUCCAGAGCAGGCGUUGUCUGAGGUCCUUGCAGAGCCGGUGUCAUCUUUCCACGUCUGUGGUCAUCUGAUGGCUGGACUGGGGUUAGUGUAAUCCCUAGUUGAGCAUCCCGAGUUAGGAACAGAAAAGUAGCAUUUGAUCUCUGCAUUUACAUCUGCAAGAUGUAUUAUUUUGAUUGUUUGCUUGCUCAUCUGCAAUACGUCUUUGAGCCAUUUUCUAGAUGUCGUCAUAUAGACAUAUUGAAGAUGUCUGCACGAUGUCUUUUGAUUUAGAAUGUGUGUAAAGCAGCUCUUUCCUUUAUCAGAUGCUUUCACACACCAGAUGUAUUAAUUACAGAUCUUUAGUAAACCUCUUGCAUAUGUACCUGUGCUAUCUGGGAAUACUAAAACAGCUGUUGCCUUUUUUUCAAGUACGAGUUGGAAAAGAAGUAACGGCUGUUCUUGCAUCAAGUUUGGUUUUCUUUUAUGUGUGCAGGCAUUACUAUCAUUUAUGAAUUCUGUGUCUGAAACCCUUCAAUAUUCCCUAUAUAGUGAAUGACAAUUGAGUUCACUAUAUGGGGAAGAAGAUGUCAAGUGAAUGAAAAUGAGUGAGCGAUUUUGGACACUGACUAAAUACCAUGCAUCAGAGAGCUGUCGGAGAGAUUUGUCAUAACCUUUUCACUGUCACAUUUAUCAGGUUUAUGAUAAUAAAGGGAA